GAAACCCUGGUCGUGCGACAGCGAUGUCUCGCAGCCAAGUAGCGUUUUCCGCCCAACGAUACGAUCGGUUUCCGGUUCAGGUCCAGGUCCGGUCUUCAUCCCGUGCAAGGCAAGAACUCCUACCACGUUGCAGAGAACGCCUUCAAAAUGCAGAUCUUUGUCAAGACCCUUACGGGCAAGACCAUCACCCUUGAGGUGGAACCUUCAGAUUCCAUUGAGAAUGUGAAGGCCAAGAUCCAGGACAAGGAGGGAAUUCCCCCAGACCAGCAGCGUCUUAUCUUCGCUGGCAAGCAGUUGGAGGAUGGCAGGACUCUGUCAGACUACAACAUCCAGAAGGAAUCCACCCUUCACCUGGUUCUCCGUCUCCGAGGUGGUGUCAUUGAGCCCACCCUCCGAAUUUUGGCAAUGAAGUACAACUGCGACAAAAUGAUCUGCCGAAAGUGCUAUGCCCGUCUUCACCCCAGAGCAACCAACUGCCGCAAGAAGAAGUGUGGACAUACAAACAACCUCCGCCCCAAGAAGAAGCUGAAGUAGACUGUAAUUGUGAAG